CAGCUGUUGGAAAUUUCACAAUAACAACAAAAAUUACUGUGCAACUUGAAUUGAAAUUUAUUGCAUUUACUAUAUCGUGUUUUUUAAAUCUUCUUAAAAAUGAUGCCUGAACCCGAAAACUGUCCGGGUGUGCAAAGCGCCAAUGCCGGUUUAGGAAGUGCCUGUCAAGGAUGUCCUAAUCAACAAAUCUGCAGUGAUCCUAAUAAGAAGUUGGAAGAUCCCGGUAAAGCACUGGUGGCAGAAGCUAUGAAGGAUGUCCGCAAUAAAUUAUUGAUAUUAUCUGGCAAAGGAGGCGUUGGCAAAAGUACAGUGACCAUGUUACUAUCACGUUAUUUAGCCAGAAGUUACAAUGAUAAAAAUUUUGGUGUUUUGGAUAUUGAUAUAUGCGGACCUUCCCAACCGCGUCUAUUGGGUGUAGAAGGAGAAAACGUUCAUCAGUCUGGAUCGGGAUGGUCGCCGGUAGGGGUAGAUGAUAAUAUAUGUUUAAUGUCAAUUGGCUUUUUAUUGGGUUCACCAGACGAUGCCAUAAUUUGGCGAGGACCCAAAAAGAACGGUAUGAUACGGCAAUUUUUAAGUGAAGUUGAUUGGGGGACUUUAGACUUGUUGCUGUUGGAUACUCCACCUGGCACAUCGGAUGAACAUUUGUCGGUAGUAUCAUAUUUACGUGAUGAAAAUCAACCUCAAGCCCUCAAAGCUAUAAUUGUAACAACACCCCAGGAAGUCUCACUGUUGGAUGUGCGCAAGGAGAUUAAUUUUUGUAAAAAACAAGGCAUACAAAUAUUGGGUGUUAUUGAAAAUAUGAGCAGUUUUCGUUGUGGUCACUGUGGUAAUACAUCGGAAAUAUUUCCUGCUAAAACGGGUGGUGCCAAAGGUAUGUGCGAUGAAAUGAAUGUGCCAUUUCUGGGUUCGUUGCCUUUAGAUCCAGAAUUAACAAAAGCCUGUGACAAAGGUGAAGAUAUUACUUCGCUAAAAAAUUCAACGACCGAAGCUUUAGAGGUAAUAUGUAAAAAUAUUUCUAAAAUUUUUGAUGAGAAACCUUGAGUUGCAUAAAAAUAAAGUUUAAACUUAAUUUGUAUAUUCAACAUCCUAUACACCUGUUUUGUAUAUUUUAAGGGAAAAUAAAAUUACAGAUUUUGUAAAAUUAUGUAGUGGAAAGUA